UCUAAAUCCACGAGACUGACUAAUGGUUAACAAUUAUUGAUAAACAUGAAGUUCGCUGCCUUGAUACUGACUUUUGCCCUAGUGGCAAUUGCACUUGGUGAAACCCUCGAUAGUCGCUCAACUGAGCGUGUUCGUCGCGAAGCUGAACCGGAUCCUAAACGACCAUCAGUUCCUAAACCUAAACCAAUUAAAGUUCCACGACCGGUACAUAUUCCAAAACCUCGACCACCUCACCCGCGUCUUCGUCGCGAAGCUGAACCAGAACCGGAACCUAGUAACCGACCAGUAUAUGUUCCCGCACCACGACCACCUCACCCGCGUCUUCGUCGUGAAGCUGAACCAGAACCGGAACCUAGUAACCGACCAGUAUAUGUUCCCCCACCACGACCACCUCAUCCGCGUCUUCGUCGUGAAGCUGAACCAGAACCGGAACCUAGUAACCGACCAGUAUAUGUUCCCGCACCACGACCACCUCACCCGCGUCUUCGUCGUGAAGCUGAACCAGAACCGGAACCUAGUAACCGACCAGUAUAUGUUCCCCCACCACGACCACCUCACCCGCGUCUCCGUCGUGAAGCUGAACCGGAACCCGGUAGACCAGUAAAUAUGCCUAAACCUCGACCGAUACACGUUCCUCGACCUCGACCACCUCACCCGCGUCUCCGUCGUGAAGCUGAACCGGAACCCGGUAGACCAGUAAAUAUGCCUAAACCUCGACCGAUACACGUUCCUCGACCUCGACCUCCUCACCCGCGUCUUCGUCGUGAAGCUGAACCGGAACCCGGUAGACCAGUAAAUAUGCCUAAACCUCGACCGAUACACGUUCCUCGACCUCGACCACCUCACCCGAGAAUUUGAGAUAUUCACGAUGACUAAUACCCAUGACGCAGACCAUCACUUUUGUAAUAUAUCAUAUACAUAAUGAAAUAAUGUAAUGUAAUAUCUUAUAAGAUAGUAAUAACUGAUACUGACUCUUAAAUAAAUUUAUUGUAUUAUUUUAA